UCUCUCUCUCUCUCUCUCUCUCAAGGCUCUCUAGAAAUAUUAUAUGUGUUUGGAUUUGAUUCUCUCCAUGCCUCGCUUUCUCUCUCUAGACCAAACCAAAUCCUAAAUAAACCCCACCAUACAGAUACAGCUAUUGCAUGCCCUUUGGUUCAUUUCCCCACCCUCUCGUUGUUAUAUUUUUCUCUAAAAAACAAAGCACUCCAAAACUAACUACUAAUCCAAGAAAGCGAAACGGAAGGCAUACUAGGACACUGCCUUUAAAGAUUAAAGAAAGAGCGAGGAGAAAGCAAAUCCAAGGUAUCUUCUUCAUUUUCAUUUUCAUUCAGCCAUGGCUGUAGAAGCCCGUCAUCUCAAUCUCUUCCCUUCUCAACUCUUAGGCAACAGGGAAAUAAUGAAUCAUGUUGAAGCAAAUUCAAAUAUCUACAACACCCAGAUGGGAUAUCGAUUUCCAUCAUCAGGAACGACGACAGCAGAGACUCUGCUUCCCAUGUACAGUUCAGUAAUCACAGAUUCAAUCCCUCAAAAAACACCAAUCAAAUCAGAAAGCGGCCUUACCUACACCUACAAUCUGCCUAUGCCAAGAAAACGCCCAAGAGAAUCUAUCAGUCCUCUUCUCUCAUACCCAACUCCCCAACCCAACAAGACUGCUUCUCCCUUCUCCUUUCUUGGCCUAGACCUCUCCCUUCAGAUCGAGCAACAGCAACUAGACAUCGACCGCCUUAUUUCCCAACAUAUGGAGAAAGUGAGGAUGGAGUUAGAAGACAAGAGAAAGAGGCAAGCGAGAAGGAUAGUAGAGGCAAUAGAGGAAGGGAUGCUUAAGAUGUUGAGGGCAAAGGAAGAAGAAAUCGAGAAGAUAGGUAAAUUAAAUUGGGCACUGGAAGAGAAGGUAAAGUCCUUGUGCAUAGAGAACCAAAUAUGGCGAGACCUUGCACAAACCAAAGAGGCCACGGCCAAUGCUCUAAGAACCAACCUCGAACAAGUCCUAGCAGCGCAGAUUAACGACGAACGCACCCGGGGCGCAGGAUUAGACAAAACGGCAGCAGAAAUGGACGAUGCCCAAUCAUGCUGUGGCAGCAGCGGUGGCGGUGAGGGGGAAAGGUCAUCGGACCGGUGUGCGUUGGGAAGUUGGGGGGUGCAGGAUAAGGACACAAGUAGUAGGCUGUGCAGGAACUGUAGGAAGGGGGAAUCGUGUGUGUUGCUAUUGCCGUGCAGGCAUCUAUGCCUCUGCAGUGUUUGUGGGUCUAGUCUCAAUACUUGCCCUAUCUGUAAAGCCACCAAGAAUGCCAGUUUCCAUGUUAACAUGUCAUGAGUGAUCAAAGUACCAUAGAAACGAAAGAAUUCCCAAAAAAAAAAAAUUCAAGAAAAACAAAAAAAAAUGUUAAUUUA